UUGGAGUUGGACUCGUCGAAUGUAAACAUUAGUCAGUUAUUGCCAGUUGUUGCUGCCUGAAUUUUCGCUUAAACGGCACCGUGUCCUUCAACUAUAAGGGUCCAGGACGAUAUAAUAAAAAUGACAAGCAGCAGCAGUCGGUGGGAGAUCAGAAAUGAUUCCACCAAAAACUCAUCCAGCGGACAGUCAAGCGAAAAAAUCACCCUCUGCGUGAGGAGCAGAAGUAACUCUUCGAAGCAAGAACCUAAAGAGUCGUCGAGGAAAGCAAAGAGCUCGAAAAAGAGCAAAAGCAGUAGCAAGCCAUCGGGCAGCAAAUCGCGGAGACAGCCAAAAGACGAGUAUGCGUCAACGGGGGAGGACAACGCUGACAUGGAAACUACCGACGCAGAGGACUCUACAAUGGUGGCCAACCAGGUGGACGAGGCCGCCGUCCAGCAGGCUAGACAGGAGCUCAUAAACAAUGCUCUCUUGAAAGAAAUCCUGAACGAGAAGAAACGAGCGUUAUUUGAGUCUGAAGAAAUGCUGCAGUUCUUCAAGGAGAGAAACAAGUCAUUCUACAAAUCCCACCAUAGCUCUUAUUGAGUGCUCCCAAAAUGAUGACUAUUUAAAUGAUAAGUACGACUUUUCAGUGAUACACAUUUCAUAUUUAUUAAGUACAAUCUGAAAUCAAAGAUUUAUUUUUGGUAAUAAUAAUAAAAAUUAUUGUCUCAUGA